AAAUCCUUGAAGGAUAUUGCUGGAUUCCGAAAGAAAAACGCCUCUCUCUCUCUCUCUCUCUGUUUCUAUAAAUAGUCGUCUUCUUCGAUGCUUUAACGAUAGAGCUACUGCAAUGGCGUUGCAGAGAAAUCCUACGACUCAUAUCAUUCGAAUAUCUAUCCUUGUCAUAGUUGGAUUCCUCUCUUUAAAAACAGCUGAAUGCGCUAAGGAAUGUAAAGAUGAAUCAUUCUCCUACCAGUCGACGAAAUGCAGAACUCACAGCGUCUCGCUGACGGAAUUCGGUGGAGUCGGCGACGGCGUGACGGUGAACACGAAAGCAUUUCAAGCUGCGAUCUCUCAUCUGAGCCAGUUUGUAUCGGACGGUGGAGGACAGCUCUACGUUCCGCCUGGAAAAUGGCUGACAGGCAGCUUCAAUCUCACCAGCUGUUUCACUCUCUAUCUCCAUAGAGAUGCUGUCAUUCUCGGCUCUCAGGAUGAAGCAGAUUGGCCCCUUAUCGACCCCUUGCCUUCCUACGGCAGAGGAAGAGAUGAGCCCGGCGGGAGAUACAGCAGCCUUAUCAUGGGAUCAAAUCUCACUGAUGUUGUGAUUACAGGUGACAAUGGCACGAUCGAUGGCCAAGGCGCUCUCUGGUGGGACAAGUUCCACAAUAAACAGCUGAAUUACACCCGUGGAUACCUCGUCGAGAUUAUGUUCUCCAAUGAGAUUCUUAUAUCCAAUCUCGUAUUUAACAACUCUCCUUCAUGGAAUGUCCAUCCCGUUUACAGCAGUGAUGUAAUCGUUAAAGGAAUCACAAUUCUUGCUCCACUCAUAUCUCCAAACACUGAUGGAAUCAACCCAGAUUCAUGCUCCAAUGUCCGAAUUGAGGACUGUUAUAUAGUCUCCGGCGACGACUGUGUCGCUAUAAAAAGUGGUUGGGACCAAUACGGGAUCGCCUUCGGAAUGCCCACCCAGCAUGUGAUCAUCAGACGGCUCACAUGCAUUUCCCCCACCAGCGCUGUCAUUGCUCUAGGCAGUGAGAUGUCUGGUGGGAUUCAGGACGUCCGUGCUGAAGACAUCUAUGCCAUCAAUUCAGAGUCUGGAGUGAGGAUCAAAACUGCCCCCGGACGUGGUGGAUUCGUAAAGAACAUAUACGCAAAAGGAAUGACGAUGAAUACCAUGAAGUGGGUUUUCUGGAUGACGGGUAACUACGGCCAACAUCCUGAUAAUGGCUUUGAUCCGAACGCGAUCCCUGUCGUUAAAAAUAUCAGCUACAGCAAUAUAGUUGCAGAGAAUGUGACAAUGGCCGGGAAAUUGGAGGGGAUUCCAAAGGCACCAUUUAAAGACAUAUGCAUCUCCAAUGCAAACAUGGAGGUUGUGAAAUCGAAGAAGCCGAUAUGGAACUGCACUGACAUUCAGGGAGUCUCGCAUGAUGUGAGCCCUCAGCCAUGCUCUUUGUUGCCUGAUCAGGGUUCAGAGGCGUACCCAUGCCCAUAUCCAACAGAUAGAUUACCCAUCGACGAUGUGGAAUUCAAGGAGUGUCAUUACGAUAGCAUCCAUCUAUGAUAAUUGUCUAUUUAUUAUCAGUGGCUUUGUUGUUUGAAGCCAUUUUUUUAGUAUAAAUUGGAAAUGAAGAAAGAAAAUGAAUUUGAUUGGUCAUUA